UUGAUCCUCAAAUUAUAUCACAAGAAGAAAUAUGUCCUCUUCUCUGAUCUUCAAGCUCGUCUUCCUCAGCCUCUUGUGCGGUCUGUUAGCUUCUAGCUUGGAUUCUAACAACGAUGACGGUCGAAAGAUUUACAUCGUGUACUUGGGGAACAAGCCAGAGGAUACAGCUUCCACUCCUUCGCAUCACAUGAGAAUGUUGGAAGAAGUCGUUGGCAGCACGUUCGCUCCCGAAGCUUUACUCCACAGCUACAAGCGAAGUUUCAACGGAUUCGUGGUGAAGCUCACCGAAGAAGAAGCUCAAAAGAUUGCUGCCAAGGAGGGUGUGGUCUCUGUAUUUCUGAAUGGAAAGAAGCAUCUUCACACCACAAGAUCAUGGGAUUUCAUGGGUUUUACAAAAAACGUUGCUCGUGUAAAGCAAGUUGAAAGCAACAUCGUCGUCGGAGUAUUGGACUCCGGGAUCUGGCCGGAAUCUCCAAGCUUUAGCGACCUUGGUUACGGUCCUCCUCCGGUCAAAUGGAAGGGCACUUGCCAAACCUCCGCCAACUUCCAUUGUAACAAAAAAAUCAUCGGAGCUCGAGCAUACCGCAGCAACAACUUCUUUCCUCCCGAAGACAUUAGAAGUCCAAGAGAUUCAGACGGCCAUGGCACACACACAGCAUCAACGGUGGCCGGCGGUCUCGUGAACCAGGCGAGUCUCUACGGUCUCGCACUCGGCACGGCGAGAGGAGGGGUUCCCUCUGCGCGCAUUGCUGUGUACAAGAUAUGUUGGUCCGAUGGGUGCUACGACGCCGAUAUUCUAGCAGCAUUCGACGAUGCGAUCGCCGACGGUGUCGAUAUCAUAUCUCUUUCCGUUGGCGGGAGCGAACCCAAGUAUUACUUCAAUGAUUCCAUUGCCAUUGGAGCUUUCCACUCCAUGAAACAUGGAAUAUUGACCUCCAACUCUGCUGGGAAUGACGGUCCCGACUACUUCACCAUUAGAAACUUCUCUCCAUGGUCUCUUUCUGUUGCUGCAAGCAGCAUUGACAGAAAGUUUGUGACAAAAGUGCAGCUUGGCAACAAGAAUCUCUAUCAGGGAUAUACAAUUAACACAUUUGAUCUUCUGGGAAAACAAUACCCUCUAAUUUAUGGAGGAGAUGCACCCAAUAUCACUGGAGGCUUCACUAGCUCCAGCUCCAGAUUUUGCUCAAAAAAUACAGUGGAUCGCAACUUGGUGAAGGGGAAAAUCCUUGUUUGCGACACUGUAUUGUCACCUUCAGCAUUUGCUUCCUUUGRUGGCGCAGUGGGCGUCGUUAUGCAAGACGCCGGCGUCAAGGAUAACGCCAGGUCCUAUCCCUUGCCGGCUUCUUAUCUCGGCACGGCGGCCGGCGGCAGCAUCAAAAACUACAUGGCUUCAAACCGAGCUGCGACAGCCACCAUUUUGAAGAGCAACGCAGUGAACGACACAUCUGCUCCUUUAGUAGUUUCCUUCUCCUCCAGAGGACCAAAUCCUGAAACCUUCGACAUUCUCAAGCCGGAUUUGACUGCGCCGGGAGUUGAAAUUCUGGCCGCAUGGUCUCCCAUUGCGCCCAUCAGCGGAAUCACAGACUCGAGGAAGUCCCUCUAUAACAUAAUCUCCGGCACAUCCAUGUCUUGCCCACAUGCCACCGCGGUCGCUGUCUACGUCAAAACAUUCCACCCCACCUGGUCUCCCGCCGCCAUUAAAUCAGCUCUCAUGACAACAGCCACUCCCYUGAAUCCCAAACUCAACCCACAAGCAGAGUUCGCAUAUGGAGCAGGCCACGUGAACCCUCUCAAGGCAGUAAAUCCAGGGCUGGUCUACGACGCACAUGAGAGCGACUACGUUAAGUUCUUGUGCGGCCAAGGCUACACCACGGCCAUGGUCCAGCGCCUCACCGCCGACGCCAGCGCCUGCACGCCCGCCAACACCGCCCGCGUCUGGGACCUCAACUACCCUUCCUUUGCUCUUUCCUCCACCCCCUCAGAAUCCAUCAACCAAUUCUUCACAAGAACUCUCACCAACGUUGGCUCAAAAGCAUCCACAUAUAAAGCUGCAGUUUACGGCGCCCCACCGGGCCUCACAAUCUCGGUGAGCCCUCCGGUUCUGUCGUUUCACGCCAUUGGAGAGAAGAAAUCCUUCAAACUAACAAUUCGAGGUACUUUGAGCCACUCCAUUGUGUCCGCUUCUCUGGUGUGGAACGACGGGUUGCAUCAAGUGAGAAGUCCUAUCACUGUUUAUGUCGUCAAUAAAGGUUGAUUGAUGAUUGAGCUUGGUUUGUGUUUGUUAAUUUUUUGAACUUGAAAAUUCCAGUUCUUUCACUGUAACUUCGCUUACUACCCUGCAAAAUGUGUACUAUUAAUUGUUUUUCUGUUUUGUAUUGUUGUGCACUAAGUAGUACAUUAUGAUCUAAUGUUUAUAUAAUGAUAAUAUUCUCUGUUGCUCUUAAUUCUUCAAACAAUUCCA